AUUUCUCUGGGGUCAAGGGUCGGAGAAACACUUGUAGUGCAAGAUAUGCAAAUAAUGUAAAUAUAUCAUCCUGUUGGGUCCUUGAUAACUUGAUGAUAAUUUGUAGUCAGGUACCUGUAAGGGUAGCGAAGUGCAGCAACAGCUUGGGUUUUGAAGAUUUGUCACAGCUGUACCGGUACUGAUUUUGAUAUUUUUAAAGCUGGGUUAAGGCUUGUUGUAUAUAAAAGCCAUGGCCAAACAUAUCACCUUCCAAUCACUGACAGCAGAAUCAUCCCUUUUGACAUGCUUAUCCUUAGCUGUGUUGUAUGUGGGAAGUCUGUACAUUUGGACAAGCAAAUUGCCCAGAGAUCAUCCUCGAACAAUCAAAGAAAGAUUUCGAAGAGUGGUAUUUACAUGCAUUGUCAGUGUGGUUUUGUUGUAUUUUGUGUCUGAGGGCAGCACACAAGACUUCCAAAACUCAGCCACUUUGCUCCAGUGGCUGGGCAUACGAACAGAUGGUAUUUUGGCAGCGUCUAUAUUCCCUCUCACUCUGUUCCUGAUCCUAUUUCUAGGACCAUUAUAUUUGAUGUUACUAAGUGACUUUUCAGAUCUACAUCCUAAUAACUGGAAAAAAUAUUUCUAUGAUUUGAGAUGUUGGAGAAAUUAUGUUGUUGCUCCAUUCUCAGAGGAACUUGUUUUUAGAGGUUGUAUGUUGCCUCUGUUACUACCAGUCUUUGGACCAUCAAUAUCAAUCAUACUUGCACCAAGUUUUUUCGGAGUUGCUCAUAUUCAUCAUGCAUGGGAAAAAUAUUAUAAGGAGCAGUAUCCAUUCAGUACUGUGGUGAUAUCAACAGUUUUUCAAACCUUUUAUACAUCUUUGUUUGGUGCGCUUUCAUCAUGGCUAUUCUUGCGAACUGGGCAUCUUCUGAGUGCUGUAAUAUGUCAUGCAUUCUGCAACAUGAUGGGAUUCCCAGACUUUUCAGCGGCAUUUCACCAUGAAGAAAAAGUGAAAAUAUGCGCAGCAUUCGUGUGUGGUCUUCUUUUUUUUUUUAUUUUUGCAAAUUCCCUAACUGAUCCAACUAUUUAUAACAAUCAUCUUUAUUAUAUUACUACGUGACCAUGAAAUCCAGUAGUGAAAUAACUUAUAAUUUUUUUUUUUAUAAAGAACCCAAUCAUUGUAGUUUGCUAGUGCAAUUGUACUCGAAAGGGUCUUGUAACUUAACAAUAUACAACUUUUUACGAUUUUUAAAUGGUAUUGUGGUUUAGAUGAAGAUAUUUUAGUCAGUACUCUGUACCUGAGAAU